CGCAUAAACGAAUAAACGUCAAUUAGAUUGGGAAAAAUAGUUCCCGAUUUUACGUUUCGGUGAAUUUAAAUUAAAUAAUUUUGCAGUAAAUCAUUAUCUGUAAACAAUGUGUAAUUAAUUGCUGCAACAAAAAUCAAACAUGGCUCGCUCUCUCAAUCCAAGCCAGCAAAAGAUCGCUGAAAAGUUAAUCAUCUUAAAUGAUCGCGGAAGUGGCAUUUUAACGCGCAUCUACAACAUCAAAAAGGCGUGCGGUGACACCAAAUCAAAGCCGGGAUUCCUGUCCGACAAAUCACUCGAAUCGUCCAUCAAAUUCAUCGUCAAACGGUUUCCCAAUGUUGACAUCAAAGGAUUAGCAGCAAUAACAAACAUUAAAUCGGAAAUCAUCAAAUCACUGUCGCUGUACUACUACACGUUCGUCGAUUUACUCGAUUUUAAGGACAAUGUUUGCGAAAUAUUAACCACAAUGGAUGCGUGCCAGAUACAUCUGGACAUAACGAUGAAUUUUGAACUGACUAAGAAUUACCUGGAAUUGGUGACGACAUACGUAUCGUUGAUGAUAUUAUUGUCGCGCGUCGAGGACCGCAAAGCCGUACUCGGUCUAUUCAAUGCGGCCUACGAAAUGCAAAACAAUCAAAGCGAUCAAAGUUUUCCCCGAUUAGGCCAAAUGAUUAUCGACUACGAUGCACCGCUGAAGAAACUAUCCGAAGAAUUUAUACCGCAUAAUCGUCUGUUGACGAGCGCAUUGCUGUCAUUGCAUCAUAUCUAUCCGGUGAGAAAUCUGUCAGCAGAAAAGUGGCGAGAAUUGCAAAUUCUUACGUUGGUCGGCAAUCCGGCAAUGUUACUGAAAGCAUCGAAAACGGACACAAUGUCCUGCGAAUAUGUGUCACUCGAGGCAAUGGAUCGCUGGGUCAUUUUCGGGUUCAUGUUAAUGCACCAGCUGCUGGGCCAGAGUAACGAUGCAACGUCGAUGUGGUUGUCAGCAUUGGAAUCUGGCUGGGUGAUUGCCCUGUUCCGUGACGAAGUUAUUCACAUACAUCAGUACAUACAGAAUACAUUCGACGGAAUGAAAGGGUACAGCAAACGCAUAUCGGAAGUGAAAGAUUGCUACAAUCAUGCGAUUCAGAAGGCAAGUUUCUUACAUCGUGAACGAAGAAAGUUUUUGCGAACGGCUCUGAAGGAAUUGGCUCUGAUUUUGACUGAUCAACCGGGGCUACUGGGUCCGAAGGCAUUGCUGAUUUUCAUUGGUCUAUGUUUCGCAAGAGACGAGAUUUUAUGGCUGUUGAGACACAACGACAAUCCACCCAUCGUGAAAAGUAAAGGAAAGACAACGGAAGAUUUGGUCGAUCGCCAAUUACCGGAACUUCUAUUUCACAUGGAAGAGCUGCGAGCCUUGGUUCGAAAAUACAGUCAAGUGAUGCAACGCUACUACGUUCAAUACCUAUCCGGCUACGAUGCUAUCGAUCUGAACAUUCGCAUGCAAAAUCUCCAGGUUUGUCCGGAAGAGGAGAGCAUCAUACUGUCUUCGUUGUAUAACACCGUAGCUAACUUGUCGGUGAAACAAGUGGAAGAAAAUGACGUGUUCGAUUUCCGUGCAUUUCGUAUGGAUUGGUUCCGAUUGCAAACGUUCAUGAGUGUGGCAAAAACAGCAAUUCGCAUCACCGAGCACAGAGACCUGGCCCGGCUGCUCGAUUCAAUGGUAUUCCACACAAAAGUGGUUGACAAUUUGGAUGAAAUUCUGGUAGAAACGUCGGAUCUGUCGAUAUUCUGUUUCUACAGCAAAAUGUUCGAAGAUCAAUUUCACAUGUGUCUAGAGUUUCCGGCACAGAAUCGAUACAUAAUCGCUUUCCCAUUGAUAUGCAGCCAUUUCCAGAAUUGUACGCACGAAAUGUGCCCGGAAGAACGGCAUCACAUCCGCGAACGGUCUCUGUCGGUCGUGAACAUGUUUUUGGAUGAGAUGGCAAAAGAGGCUAAGAAUAUUAUCACCACAAUCUGCGACGAACAGUGUCAAAUGGCCGAUGCAUUGCUGCCGAAGCAUUGUGCGAAAAUACUGUCGGUAGCGGCCAAUCGGAAGAAGAAGGACAAAAAUAAGAAAAACAUGGAAGACAUACGAAAGCCUGGCGACGAAAGCUAUCGCAAGACUCGCGAAGAUUUAACAACAAUGGACAAACUACACAUGGCUUUGACCGAACUCUGCUUCGCAAUCAAUUACUGUCCCACCGUCAACGUAUGGGAAUAUGCAUUCGCUCCACGAGAAUAUCUUUGCCAGCACUUGGAAAAUCGAUUUUCUCGUGCCUUAGUCGGCAUGGUCAUGUACAAUUCGGAUACGAUGGAAAUUGCUAAGCCAUCGGAGCUGCUGGCCUCGGUUCGUGCAUACAUGAAUGUCUUGCAAACGGUCGAAAAUUACGUUCAUAUUGACAUCACGCGAGUGUUCAAUAAUUGUUUGCUGCAGCAGACGCAAGUGACUGACAGCCAUGGUGAAAAAUCUAUCGCUUCCCUGUACAACACUUGGUAUUCGGACGUACUGUUACGUAGGGUUAGCGGUGGUCACAUUGUGUUUUCCAUGAAUCAGAGAGCAUUCGUCAGCAUAACACCUGAGGGUUGCAUUCCAUUCAAUCCGGAAGAAUUUUCGGAUGUCAACGAAUUGAGAUCACUGGCCGAAUUAGUGGGACCGUAUGGAAUAAAAUUGUUAAACGAAACGCUCAUGUGGCACAUCGCGAAUCAAGUGCAAGAACUGAAGCGCAUGGUCAUACUCAACAAGGAAGUUUUGAUUACUCUGCGUACGAGUUUCGAUAAGCCGGAGGUCAUGAAGGAACAAUUCAAACGAUUGCAACAAGUGGACAAUGUUCUGCAGCGCAUGACUAUUAUUGGAGUGAUUCUGAGCUUCCGUCAUCUGGCUCAAGAGGCUUUGGUCGACGUGCUCGACCAACGAAUUCCCUUCUUACUAAGCUCGGUGAAAGAUUUCCAAGCGACACCCAGCACCGACUCAAUGAAAGUGAUGUGUGAAAUGGCAUCGGCAGCCGGUUUAAAUUGUCGUGUCGAUCCAACACUAGCCAAUGCUUUGCGAACACAAAAGCCCGAAAUCGAUGAGGGCGAACACUUGAUAGCAUGCCUGCUGAUGGUUUUCGUGGCCGUUUCCAUUCCCAAAUUGGCACGCAACGAGAAUCUGUUCUAUCGGGCGUCGCUCGAAGCUCAUUCGAACAAUACGCAUUGCAUAGCAUUGGCGGUGAACAAUAUUUUUGGUGCAAUGUUUACGAUAUGCGGACAGGGGGACAUUGAAGAUAGGAUGAAGGAAUUCUUGGCUCUGGCCAGUUCGUCACUGCUGCGAUUGGGUCAGGAAUCUGACCGUGAAGCAAUCAAAAAUCGAGAAUCAAUUUAUCUGCUGUUGGAUCAAAUCGUACAAGAAUCGUCAUUCUUGACAAUGGACCUGCUCGAAUCUUGUUUCCCGUAUGUGUUGAUAAGGAACGCCUAUCAUGCGGUUUAUAAGCAAGAACAGGCUCUGUUCAAUUAAAAACAAAAGAGACGAAACAAAAUCAUUAACCGCGAACGCAUACGAUUCAUUAACUACAAUUUAGAUAUUUAGAUAUUUGCUAGUGUUUAAGGUUUGUGAAUUAAUCAGCACAAAUGAACUAGAUAUACUAAAAUGAAACUAAAAACAAAACAAUAACAAAAAAAAUUAAAAAAAAAAACGUAUUCCAACCUCAUAAUGUUCUGUACUCGGUAAAAUGUGUAUCAUUACGAGGUGUAGCGCAUUUUGUUAGCAUUACGCAAUAAAUUUUAUAUUUAAAAAAUGCAAGAAAUUUAUAAUGAAAAAUAUUUAAAAUUAAAUUAAAUUUAUUAGAAGCUACUACACGCAACACA